CCCCGAACGGAUACCACAUUCAGUGUAGCAUGACUGCUGCCAACCAUGUUUUAAUAUUUUGUAUCCUCGUGUAAACUGAAGGUCUUUAAGCUGUUUUUGCUCUUCGACAGUUUACAGUCAUACAGAAUUGUGUGGAGUCCUACAUGAAAGGAAUUAAUUCACAAAAAUGGAGGCAAGGCAGCUGAAGAGAGAUGUUGAGGCCCUUAUUGGUGAUUACAUUGGGCAGAAACUCAGAGAAAAUUCUUUCGAUCCAAAGGGGAAGGGGACCUCCACAGUGCUCGACGACCUGGCUCACUAUGACCUUGCCAUUAGUGUUGCCCUUUGGUGGUUGGACAAAGAAGAGGGACGGGAUUUGCUUGACAGAGACAUCAUCGGAGCAACAAGGAGCUCAGGAAGUGCCCAGUACCCUAAUCGUUUAGAACGAGAGGCUAUGAUCCUGUCGUCCUUUGCCGGGGUAAUUAUGAAUAGCCUGCCAGUGGAGGAAAUCUUGGCUCUGUACAGGUGUAAACCAGCUGCUUCAUACCCCAGCCACCAAUCCAAGGGCGCAAUUGUCUAUCCCUUCACUCUAUCCUACCAUCCGUUUGCCAUGCUCAGCUCUUACAAGGCUGUGCACCACUCCAGGAAGCACAGUCUAAAGUUGAAAAGAUGGCUGUCUGAGAGGGUGAAAUUUAGUGCCCCGCCUGCACGAGUUUCAGUGCAGUCUUCAUCAUCUUCCUCCUCGUCUCACUCCUUCCUCAGUGACAGCAAUGAUUGCCAUGAGGAAAGAGCUGAGCACUAUGAGGGUUCACAAGAGUCUCUGCAGGACUGAAGUCACCCUCCAGCAGCACCCUGGUUUUGUCUUCAUAAUGGACUUCAUGUCUAUUUUCUUUGGGCACUACAGUUUCCCACUUCUCCUGUCUUUACUGUUGGCGUUCACUUUAUACUGUCACACUGACAGUCUUUAAACUUCAAUCUUUUAUCAGUCAUUUAAAUUUUCAGCAUUUGAAGGUGGUUGAUGAAGACAAGUCUUUGUUAACAAGCGUGAUAAUGACAUUAAAAUGAUGGUGGUUGCGGCUGAUAACCUGUUGUACAGUGUAACUGUUGUGUAGCUAACUGAUCCAACUGACUAACUAGCUUACUAAUAACUGACCUGUUUAGAGUGAACAGUAAAACACGGUCGACAUUACAUUUCACAAAAAUAACACAACAUGCCUCAACAUGCCAAUAACAUUUGACUAGCUAAAUUACUAAAUGUCAGAUAGGUUUGCAUACUCGGAUAUUUCCCCGCUCAUUAAAACUGUAUAAUUACCACUAACUCUGAAACUCAUUUUUCUCUGUGUAUGCAUAUGUAAAUAAAACAAAUACCUACAUUUACAAAAGAUAACUGUAUCUUCCUCGAGAACCCUCAGAUCAUCAGACACUGGCUUCCUGCAUGCAUUCAGAUGUUUUGGGCCCACUCUCUGGAACAAACUGCCUGAUGACAUAAGAUGUACCACAACUGUGUCAUCUUUUUAAAGCAGACUUAAGACCUACCUGUUCUCUCAGGCCUGUGACCAGCUAGUGCUUCUGUCUGUCUGUCUGCCUGUCAGUCCGUCCCUCUCCCUCUCUCUCACUCUUUUUGGGAAUAUGAGGCUGGGUGUGUUUAUGUUGGUGGGUGGGCAGGGGAUGGAUUUAUGGAUGAAUUUGUUUUUCUUUUAAUAUGUAUUUCAAUAUGUAUUCAUGUAGUAUUUGGUUGCGUUGUAUGUGAAGCACAUUGAGCUUACAUUGUAUGAAAUGUGCUAUAUAAAUAAAUUUGACU